GGUGACCAUUCUCACAUGAUUUAAAGUGUCAGCGAUCCAAGCAUCAUCCUGGCGCUGGUCCUGGUCAUGCUGUAAAGCCAGUGUUGAGUGCUUCGAGUCCAGUUGUACCUUAAUCACAUGUCCCUGAGGCGACUGAGCGGCGUCCACCAUUUAUUGCCGACAGGACAGGUCCUCGUAAACUCGUUACCAGGUCUUGAAGACUUGCCUUGCCAGUGGCCUUGCUUCUUCUUGGGCCCGGCUGUACAUACGCUGACAGGACAGUCUUAUGAUGGCCAUGGGACGCCUGUCAAUUCUGAAUGAGGUUUCUGUUGUGGCUCGGCCGGCAAACAAUCUUCCACGGCGAGUGGUUCAGCAUCAGCAUCGAACACCAACCCCACUUCAGGGGCAGCGGGCACAUGUACUAGUACAUCCGUCCCGACCAUUUUGCUCCUCAAACGUCAACAUGUCGACCAACAAAGACUGGGAUGCAGCGCAGUACCUGAAAUUCGAACGGGAGCGGACCCGACCAGCGCUAGAUCUUUUGGGACAAGUACCAUUGACUCUGACUCGACCGCCCGAACGUGUUUUCGACUUGGGCUGUGGACCGGGAAACUCGACGGCGGUCUUGGUGGAUAGGUUUCCCGACGCCCAUAUUGUGGGGAUCGACAGUUCACCGGAUAUGCUUGAAAAGGCGAGGAAAAGACGGCUUCCCGGUCGUGUAGAGUUUCGGCUGGGCGAUGUGAGUGAUGUGAGGUCCUUAUUCGAGGACAAAGACAAAGACGAGGAUACCGAUGCGUCAGCUCUAGGUUCAACUUCUGCUUCAGCCUCAGCCUCAGCCUCAGCGGACCUUCUCUUCUCAAAUGCCGUCUACCACUGGCUGCCGCACGAAAAGAGACUUGAAAUAUUCGCCGAGAUGAUCAAGACUCUGAAACCCGGUGGCGUAUUUGCAUUCCAGUCUCCGGACAAUACGUCGCAGCCUUCGCACGUUGCGAUGCGGACGGUCGCUGAAGACGAAAAGGGGCCCUGGCAUCAGACGUUGAAGCGACUCGGACUUCUGGGGAGGCCUCGCCUACCUUUUCAAUCGCCCGAAGAGAUAUAUAACAGCCUCAAACCUCUUUGCUCGGAUAUCAAUAUCUGGCAUACUUUUUAUUAUCAUAUCCUGGACGACCACAAGGCAAUUGUGGAAUGGGUCAAGAGCACGGGACUUCGUCCGUACAUUGAUCCUCUGGACAAUGAACAGAGAGAAGCUUAUCUGAAUGCUUACCUGGAAAGAAUUCAACGGCUUUAUCCAACUCUCGAGGAUGGGAGGGUGUGUCUUCCUUAUCCGCGUCUGUUUGUCGUUGCUGUUCGAGCUUAGAGCGUGAGCCGGAGGGUGCAGCCAGUGAUGCAGCGGAGGACAAAACAACAACUACCUGUGUCUGGGAAGAGACUAAAGGCGUGGAAGAAUCCUUGAGAUGCCCUAGCUGGUACUAUAAGUGGUGACCCAGCACUGCAGUGAAUACCACCUGGUCAGCUGACCUUGGGGGCUGCGCUCCGAAAAUUCAAGGGUUACAUUUUUCGACGACUAAAUUCCUACCAGCACUGACCAGCCUCGGCCUCUAGAUUACUGCAUCCGACACCACCUCGGGGUGGCGCAGUGGUAUAAGCCCUGAACAACUGGUGUCCAUACCUCAGCAGAGAGUGUUGUGACUCGAGAACGGGUGCUCGGAAAAAUCUCAGCCUUAGACCAUGGAGGGUAACAGCUCUGUGCAGGCCGGGGUUUCGCUCCCUUGGACCUCAGUGGCCUGAUCAACCACUGGGCUUCAAGGUUAAGUUUUUGUUUCUUUUUGGGUCGAUUCUUGCCGGCUUUUUUUGUUGUUUUGCCCGUGCUGCAGAAUGUGCGCGGUGAAGACGAGAACCGGCUUGGUGUCAAGGGGAGGGUUGAUUCGGGUUACGAACGAGGAGGCCUCCGGCGCGAACGAAGGAGAGUCACGUUGGGUGAGUCAGGAGUGGCUGCUGGCUGCAUUACCACCUGUUCAAGUUCCGUGGGAAGACGCUCCUACUACAUCCAUUGGAAAACAGUCUCCAACGUCUGAUCCGGGAAGCGUUCUGAGAGCUGGUUCAGCUUGGCUCCGGACGUGGAUCUCGAGACUGGAGCGGAGGGGAACAAGCUGGCUACUAGGUGUUGGUCCAUCCUCCAUUCCAGACGCAUCUUGAUGAGUCAACCGCAGCUUCCCGGGGGUCCCGGUAUUGAUACAAAUCAGCCAUGGACCGCAUCAUCUACACUUCCGCCAGAACUGUCUAUAAAAUUCGCUUAUCAGCCAAAUCCCCGGAAACCCAGUACUUCGGCAUGCCCUUACGUCGUCGGUACGAUCGGCUUCUGGUUCGUUCAAAGUUAUCAUGCCAGUCUCCUUUGUCGGAACGGUCUCCGUCGAUCCGCGUGGAUGGCCUGGUUCGGUUGGCAUUCUUCCAACCUAGCUGAGUUGCUUUGUCAGCGAACAGAUGCCCCCACACAGGCACGUCCCCUUUUCAGGGCAGUCUCGUGGCCUAAAGCUCAGGCCAGUCUAUCGCACCCGAUCGGGACAGACAUACAGUCCGGUCUAUGAUGCAUGUGUACUUCCCCAUCAUGCAUAUACUUGCCCAGCUGCCAGAAUGGCGCUUUCGCAACAUGCUACCGCCCGCUGUGACGACAAAAUACACAACGAAGAAACAAAUUGUACUUUUGCUAUCCGCUUGAUAUCAGGCCACAGCUUCACCGUUGGUAUCAUACAUGAUGUGAUACCAAGCCCACCAUCCCGUCUAAUACCGUCAACUCCAGCAUUAAUUUCUUAACUCCCAUAGUCCUUGUUUUGCGCCGUUGCUGUUGUACAAGAUUCCAGCCCAUUCCACAAGUUUCGAAUCUACCUUUGAUGGAUGAUCCCAUCGCCUUGCGUCUUUGUUUCUCAGAGCAUCCCAUCACGCUUGAACCCCAACAGCAGAGUUGAUUCUUUACCCCGUUCGUCGUCAAGGAGUAAGUCAAACAGGACAAACCCACGGCAUCGGUGGCAACGGAUCUCUCCUCUCUCUACUCCAAAGCAACCGCCUCUCACAGAAACUAGGCGACUCCGGCCGUGGAUCAAUUCUCCAGAUUCUCUGGACGUCAAGAUUCCUAGCGAGCUGCGGAUACUCGAUCCACUGCCAGACGCUGUUCCAGCGCCACGCUUGGUCUGAACGGGUGAACAGAUAGGCAUCCGGAUUGAGCGUUGCAGCCGCCGCGGCUUGGUAAUAGCACCAAUCAAAGACGUUCCCCGCGUCCUCUCCAGGUCGCAGAACGGCGUUUGCAGCCCAAUAUUCCGCCAAGUGGGAAGUUAUAUGGUUCCUCUGCGUCCUCAGCCAGAAUCGAUUGGUUCCGUCGAUCACCGAGUAGGCGUCUAUCCCGCUCCUCAUGAGAUACCCCAGGAUGUUUAGGAAGGUCUGCGCUCGCUCUUCGGCCGGUUGCAUGGGCAGGUUGGUGUAGAACCAGACUGAGCUUUCGCGUGUUGCUCGCCCUGCGUCGUGUCCGUCUCGGUAGUGCGAUACUAGCUCGUACAUGGUGGGAAGGCGGAAGUCGCAGUCCCAUUGGAGUGUGUGCUCGUUCCAGAUGCAUUGGCGGCGGUGGAGGUGGAGGUGGCUGGAGUUGCUGGUGGUGGUAUUGGUACUGGGAAAAGUAAGGUUGAUUGGUGGUGUUGUGUGUUGCAACACUGAUGAUGGAACGGUUGGUACAGUGGCAUCUUGUGUCGCGGCCAUUGACGGCGUGUAGGGAGGAGGCAUAGGUGGAUUUGAGAUGGUGUCUUGUUGUACCCAUGCUCGCUCGAACCAUCGUGCUUGAACCAUAUUGGCCAGGCUGACGGCUAGCCAAAACAAGAGAACGAUUUUGGCCAUGGGAGCCAUACUUGUGGACUCGAUCUGCCGGCGAAGUGGAUGUGAUAUUGUAUACCUAUGGAUACAAUAGUCCUCUCGUCGGUAUUGACUUGACCAGGCUAAUAGAGCCUCAAGUCCUUGCCCUUCUGUAAUAUAUCAAAGGUUAAAACCAGUCGAUUUACAAUAUAAGGUAUUGGACGUCUUACAUACCAAG